CGUUACAGUCUGCAUUGUACCUCAGUAGGAUCUAACAGUACAGCCAGCACAGAACUGAAGAAGGACUCACUGCAGAAAUUGUGGCUGAGGUACACUCCUGACAUUUGAUAUCAUAGUGUGAUGCCAUGAAGUCCCCCCCUCUGAAGCUGCCAUUUUCUCCAAGGAAACUGAUCUUGGUCUUCUGAAGAUCAGCUGUAAUUCCAGGAGGUUUCCAGAUCCCACCAGGAGAUUGGCAACCCUAUUCGAAUCACAAGGAACCAGCCAGGCGUUAUACUUCCAUUCUGCUUCCUCUCAUUCAGCUCUGCGAUGAGACCCCCCAAUCAGACAAGCGUCCAAGAGUUUGUGUUUUUGGGAUUCUCUCGAGUGCGAGGAACUAAUCUAUGGCUCUUUGGGGUGGUUUUCUUCAUGUAUCUCAUCACCCUGGCAGGCAAUGCGCUCAUCAUAACAGCCAUCCGCAUCGAUCCCCGGCUCAACAGCCCUAUGUACUUUUUCCUGAGCAACCUCUCUUUCCUGGACAUCUGCUACACAACAAGUGUGGUACCCCAGUUGCUGGCCCACUGCCUGACCAGCCACAAAACUAUCUCUUUUGACCAAUGCAUGGCCCAGCUCUACAUCUCUUUGUUCCUGGGCAGCACUGAGUUCAUCCUGUUGGCAGCCAUGGCCUACGACAGAUACGUCGCCGUCUGCCACCCCUUGCAUUACAAGGUCAUCAUGAGCCCGAGAGUGUGCAUCCAACUGGCAAUCGCUUCCUGGUUCGUUGGCUUCCUCAAUGCCGGGGUGCAGACUGCGUUCACCAUGUGCCUUCACUUUUGCCACCUCAACACCAUCAAUCACUUUGUGUGUGAAGUCCUGGCUGUGGUCAAGCUGUCAUGCUCGGACACUUUCGUCAAUGAUAUUUCACUGAUGGUGGCUGGCGUCCUUGUGCUGUUGAUCCCCUGUAUUCUAGUCAUGCUUUCCUAUGUGUAUAUCAUCGGAGCCAUCUUGCGCAUCCGCUCUUCAGAAGGCCGGCACCGAGCCUUCUCCACGUGCACCUCCCACUUGACCGUGGUCACCCUCUGCUAUGGCACAGCUAUCUUUGCUUAUUUGAGUCCCAAAGGCAACUCUGUGUCCAACCGUGACAAGAUGCUUGCUUUCUUUUAUGCAGUGGUUACACCCAUGCUCAAUCCUCUCAUUUACAGCCUCAGGAACAAGGAAGUCAAAGGUGCCUUGUCUAAAAUCAGAAGGAGGCGGCAAUGA